GGCAAAACCCGGAGAGGUGGACUCCCUCGCCCGGAGCGCCCGCGCGGCCACUGGGCAUGCUCCGUCGUCAGGCGGGGUCGCGGCCGCGAGCGGCGGGUGCGCCUCGCGGGUUCCUCCCGCGGCCGCGCGUCCUCCGCCCCCCGAGCAGCCGGCGGGCGCGCGAUGGCGGCGGCGGCCCGGAGCGCCAGCGGCGGCAGCAGCGGCGGCGGCGGCGGCGGCAGCAGCAGCGACACGUCCAGCACCGGCGAGGAGGAGAGGAUGCGGCGCCUCUUCCAGACGUGCGACGGCGACGGCGACGGCUACAUCAGCAGAAAUGACUUGUUGAUGGUCUGUCGCCAGUUGAAUAUGGAAGAGUCUGUGGCUGAGAUCAUGAACCAGCUGGGCGCUGACGAAAAUGGGAAGAUUUCCUUCCAGGAUUUUACAAGGUGCCGCAUGCAGCUUGUCAGAGAAAUUAGGAAGGAGGAAGGAGGCCUUUCUGAGAAGUCAGACAACUCCCGUUGCAAGAAGAAGCUGAGGGACAGAACGGCCUCCUGGCCCACGAGCAGUGACAACAGUUUGGGUGCCUUAUCAGCGGCCAGGGAGAGCUGGGAAUACGACUCAGGAGCCAGGGACCUCCAGAGCCCGGACCUGCAGAGUCAGUCAGCCCUGCAGAAGCUUCUGGAGGAUGGGGAAAGCUCUCUGCAUCAGCAGGCUGCCGCUCUCCACAAGCUGCUCACACAGUCCCCGCACGGUGGCAACUCUGUAGGAGGAAGCUAUCUAGAGCUGGCCAACACGCUUCACUUGGCAGCCCUGGCAUCACUCAAGGGAGAUAUAGUGGAGCUUAAUAAACGUCUGCAGCAAACGGAGCGGGAACGGGACCUUCUGGAAAAGAAAUUGGCCAAGGCACAGUGUGAGCAGUCCCACCUCAUGAGAGAGCAUGAGGACGUCCAGGAGCGAACGACGCUUCGGUACGAGGAACGCAUCACAGAACUCCACAGCAUCAUCGCCGAGCUCAAUAAGAAGAUAGACCGUUUGCAAGGCACCACCAUCAGGGAGGAGGAUGAGUACUCAGAACUGCGAUCAGAACUCAGCCAGAGUCAACACGAGGUCAACGAGGACUCUCGCAGUGUGGACCAAGACCAGACCUCUGUCUCCAUCCCUGAAAACCAGUCCACCAUGGUCACUGCAGACAUGGAUAACUGCAGCGACCUGAACUCGGAACUGCAGAGGGUGCUGACGGGGCUGGAGAAUGUGGUCUGCUGCAGGAAGAAGAGCAGCUGUAGCCUCUCGGUGGCGGAGGUGGACAGGCACAUCGAGCAGCUCACCACGGCCAGUGAGCACUGUGACUUGGCCAUUAAGACAGUGGAGGAGAUCGAGGGGGUCCUCGGCCGGGACCUGUAUCCCAACCUGGCUGAAGAGAGGUCUCGAUGGGAGAAGGAGCUGGCUGGGCUGAGGGAAGAGAAUGAGAGCCUGACUGCCAUGCUGUGCAGCAAAGAGGAGGAGCUGAACAGGACCAAGGCCACCAUGAACGCCAUCCGGGAGGAGCGGGACCGGCUGCGCAGGAGGGUUCGAGAGCUUCAAACUCGACUGCAGAGUGUGCAGGCCGCAGGGCCCUCCAGUCCUGGCCGUCUCACUUCCGCCAACCGCCCCGUGAACCCCAGCACCGGAGAGCUGAGCACGAGUAGCAGCAGCAAUGACAUCCCCAUCGCCAAGAUUGCCGAGAGAGUGAAGCUAUCAAAGACCAGGUCCGAAUCUUCAUCAUCUGAUCGGCCAGUCCUGGGCUCAGAAAUCAGCAGCAUAGGGGUAUCCAGCAGUGUGGCGGAGCACCUGGCCCACUCCCUUCAGGACUGCUCCAACAUCCAAGAGAUCUUCCAGACACUCUACUCCCAUGGAUCUGCCAUCUCGGAAAGCAAAAUUAGAGAGUUUGAGGUGGAAACAGAACGCUUGAAUAGCCGUAUCGAACACCUCAAAUCCCAAAAUGACCUUCUGACCAUCACCCUGGAGGAAUGCAAAAGCAAUGCCGAGAGGAUGAGCAUGCUGGUGGGGAAGUACGAGUCCAACGCCACGGCGCUGAGGCUGGCCCUCCAGUACAGUGAACAGUGCAUCGAAGCCUAUGAACUCCUCCUGGCGCUGGCCGAGAGCGAGCAGAGCCUCAUCCUGGGGCAGUUCCGCGCGGCUGGUGUGGGGUCGUCCCCUGGAGACCAGUCAGGGGAUGAGAACAUCACUCAGAUGCUCAAGAGAGCUCACGACUGCCGGAAGACAGCCGAGAACGCCGCCAAGGCCCUGCUCAUGAAGCUGGACGGCAGCUGCGGGGGAGCCUUUGCUGUCGCCGGUUGCAGCGUGCAGCCCUGGGAGAGCCUGUCCUCCAACAGCCAUACCAGCACGACCAGCUCCACAGCCAGCAGCUGUGACACGGAGUUUACUAAGGAGGAUGAACAAAGGCUGAAGGAUUACAUCCAGCAGCUCAGGAACGACAGGGCGGCGGUCAAGCUGACCAUGCUGGAGCUGGAGAGCGUCCACAUCGACCCUCUCAGCUACGACGUCAAGCCCCGGGGAGACAGCCAGCGGCUAGAUCUCGAAAACGCGGUGCUGAUGCAGGAGCUGAUGGCCAUGAAGGAGGAGAUGGCCGAGCUGAAGGCCCAGCUGUACCUCCUGGAGAAGGAGAAGAAGGCCCUGGAGCUGAAGCUGAGCACAAGGGAGGCCCAGGAGCAGGCCUACCUGGUGCACAUCGAGCACCUGAAGUCCGAGGUGGAGGAGCAGAAGGAGCAGCGCACGCGGUCCCUCAGCUCCACCAGCAGCGGCGGGAAGGACAAGGCCGGCAAGGAGUGUGCCGAUGCUGCCUCCCCAGCUCUGUCUCUGGCUGAACUGAGGACGGCGUGCAGCGACAGCGAGCUGGCCGCGGAGUUCGCCAACGCCAUCCGUCGAGAAAAGAAGUUAAAGGCCAGAGUCCAAGAGUUGGUGAGUGCCUUAGAAAGACUCACCAAGAGCAGUGAAAUCCGACACCAGCAAUCAGCGGAGUUCGUUAAUGACCUAAAGCGAGCCAACAGCAACCUGGUGGCUGCCUAUGAGAAAGCAAAGAAGAAGCAUCAAAACAAGCUGAAGAAGCUGGAGUCUCAGAUGAUGGCCAUGGUGGAGAGACAUGAGACCCAAGUGAGGAUGCUCAAGCAAAGAAUAGCUCUGCUGGAGGAGGAGAACUCCAGGCCUCACACCAACGAAACUUCACUUUAAUCAGCUCCCGGGCUCCACAGUUCUGUCCGUGGAAACUAAAGUCUAGCGGGUCAAUGAGGAGAGAGGGGCCCCAGAGGACAGAGUACCUGCUGGGAGCAGAAAAGGCAAGGUUGGCAGGUGGGUCAGCACUUGGACAAGGGAGUGGCCUGGACUCAGCCCCGGGGCAAGUGGCUCUGGUGACACGGGGUAGCCUGUAUCCAGAGGAUCCUGCUCCUCCCCUCCUGGGCUGUGGAACCCCUGCCAUGUGUGCCAGCUCUGUGGGUCUUGCUUUUGUUUUCAGCACUGACUCUGUCACUCUCCUACGUUUCUGUUCUGGACAUUGUGCAUCAGUGGUGUAAUCCAGGCAUCAUCUGUUUAAGACCUUCCAUUCUUUUUUUUUUUUUUUUUCCCCUCCUUUUGGUAGACAGCAACCUUAUCUCUAGCAUUCCCAGUUUCUCCUCUUUCCUCCUCCUUCAGGGGAAGACUGAUGGCGGGGGGGGGGGGGCGGGGGGGCACGGUGCUCGGCAUCUGGAAGAACUGCUGUUUUUGUUUACUGCAACUAGGCUUUGGUUUUCAAGUGCCAGGUAUCAACGCUUAAGAUACAGACUGUCACACAGAGCUGUUCUGGGAGGCUGACCACAGGCAGAUAGCACACAGGUGGUUCCUUACAGUCCCAGACAGGCUGAAGUUACAGGUAGAGCAGUUUGCUGUGAACCGCUCUGUAUGGGUGAAUGAAAACUUCUUUUACCUCUCAUGUGGAAGCAGGGCUGGGCAGGGAGCGCUCUUUAGAGAGGGAUUUUCCCCAUCCCCGUGGAGCCUUAUUAACAGCCAAGGCUUGGUGUGGAAAGAAUCCUGUUGAUACAUGUAAGGAAACUUAACUUUUGUCAGGAGCUUCUUCCAGAGCAGAGGCACAUCAGUACUUUCCCCCACCCCAGGGCACUAUGUAAUUGCUGUUCUACAUGAAUCAAAGCUGGUCCACAUGAACACAGAGACAGCUCGGGACCUGCCUCUGUUUCUCUAAGGGCAGCAGGCAGGAUGCUGAGUGCAUCAUGUUUUGCAGGCUGAUCCCACCAAUUUAAGAGAUUGCUAUUGCAGCACCAGUUCAACACUUCACUCCUGCUGUUACAAAGGGCAGGGAGUGAGGGAGUGGUCGUUGAGGCCUCCUUUUAUCCCCCCGAGACAUGGUGAUGGGUAGCAUAUCAUGCUUCAGCAGGUGAAAUUUUAAGCAAAACACUGACAGGACGGGGCAGGACCAAACUACCUGAAUUUUUUCAGGAAGGUCUUCCAUUUUAAAACAAAUUCUCCAUCCCUUUUCUACUAUAACCUUCCCCUGUUGCAGCUUUCACUUUGUUUUUCAGUUCUUCUGUCACUGCCCUACACUGACUGAUACAUUUUACAGGACCACUUGCCAUUUAUUCUGUAGCACCUGAAGAUCCACCCAAAGUCACCUAUAAGCAAUAUGCCCAAUGCCACAGUUCACAAAGUUCUGCUUAUGAGCAGAUCACUGCAUUCACAGCCCCGUGUCCACGAGCUACUUUCAGAGGGCAUGACACAAGUUCCUCAGCCUCUGCACAACAGGGAAGGACACUAGCCACCACCCUGGAAGGCAGAGCAGUUCUAUCCUAAAAGCAAUCACCCUUCUCUCUCAGGCCAGCAGCGAGGCUGCACCAUCCCAGCCGCCCCCCCCCCCCCCAAAUCAACUCCUCAGUAUGAAACGCCCAGAUUUUGGAUGCUUUGACAGCUGUGACCCACUGGCUUGUUUCUGUUAUAAAUCAGGUAAACUUGGUUCUUGUGACAUUGUCAAUUUUUAUUCUUCAGAUAGUUUAAUUUUGUUACAAGGGAAAUGUUUUGGCUGAAAAGUGUGUGCAAAAGGUGUAACGUGUAAGAUGAAAUCAGUGUUCUGUUUUUCCAGCUUGCUCAGGAAAACAUCCUCCCUAAGCAAACUGGGCUGUGCAAAGAACAGGGAGCCAUUCAUGAUUUUCUCUUGUGUGACCUGAACAGGCAUCAAAACAGAUGGAUGGUUUUCAUUUUCAUUUUCACCAACACUAAAAAGUGUAGCUGAUGCAGGACCUCUGUGUGUACCAUUCUUGCUCCAAGUGAAAACAGAACCCGCUCUUCUAAGGUCAUGAAACUCCUCCAGACCUGGGAAGUCUCGGCUCCUACAUUAUGAGCCCCAGUAUUACUGAUCCUCCUUGGCCUCAUUUUGAGUUUAUACUUCAAUAUAAUACUUUCAGAUAUAUGGUGGUUGGGUGAAAACUAUUUCCCCGGCAAAACUGUUACUUUUAUAAAUGUGUAGAAUAAAAGCUAUUAAAUAGUU